AUGUCGGCCGCAACCCAGCAGGCGGCCGCGAAAGCGGCCAUCCGGCGGAUGAGGGGCAACGAGGUGUGCGCGGAGUGCGCGGCGCCGCAGGUUGAGUGGUUGGUGCUCGAGUACGGCGUGGUCGUCUGCAUCCGGUGCGCCGGCGGCCACCGCGGACUCGGCUCUCACAUCUGCAAGGUGCGGUCCAUCGACUUGGACGACUUCUCCGAGGCCGAGCUUCAAUGGGCGCAGGAGCACAGCAGCGCGAUGGGCAAUGCCAAGUCCAACGCGAUCUUCGAGGCGGCGCUGCCGGCGCCCGCGCUUGCGAGGAUGAGGCGGCCGGCGGCCGACGCGUCCGACACGGUACGGCGCAUCUGGCUUCGCGCCAAGUACGACGAGCAGCGCUUCGUGGCCGGGGCGAAGCGUGCGGAUUUCCUCCCUGCCUGGCGGUCGCGCUUCUUUGCCUUGGGGGCCGGUGGCACACUAAGCUAUUUCACCGACGAGUCUUGCAGCGCGCAGAGCCAGGACUCCACGGACCCCCUCCUCCUUCGGCUCACUUUCGAGUCGGCCGUCGGCCACGCGGGUGGCGCCUUCCGCACCCGUGUCGACAGCGCGCCCUCGCCCCGCGGCCGAGUCGUCCGCUUGCUGGCGGCGUCGCAGCAGGAGGCGGACGCUUGGGUCUGGGCACUCUACCAUGCGACGCACGCAGCGCGCUCCUCCACAAUGCCCACAUCGACCCAGCCAGCGCAGCGCCUCAUCGAGCGCCGCCUCGCCGACGCGCCCCUCGAGGCCGCCGAGCCGGGUUCAAGGAGCGGCGGCGGCGGACGGCAGAUCAAGGAGGACUUGCGGGGCGUCGAGGACGGCAGCGGCUAUCAACGCGACUUUCGCCCAGAGCUCACGCCGACGAUGCAUUCGGCAACCGACCCGAAACGAGAUGUGCACCUCGAUGCAGUUGGCGCACAGCGGCCAGCGCACAUCCGCAUUUUGUGA